AUGACCACCAACGAGGAAUUCAUUAGGACGCAAAUAUUCGGGACGGUUUUCGAAAUCACAAAUAGGUACAAUGAUCUGAACCCUGUCGGGAUGGGUGCGUUCGGACUCGUUUGUUCAGCCACAGACACUUUGACGUCUCAACCAGUUGCCAUUAAAAAAAUCAUGAAGCCCUUCUCCACCGCCGUGCUGGCCAAAAGAACGUACCGUGAACUGAAGCUACUGAAGCACCUGAGACAUGAGAAUCUGAUUUGUCUGCAGGACAUAUUUCUUUCGCCUCUGGAAGAUAUAUAUUUCGUCACGGAAUUACAAGGCACAGAUUUACAUAGACUCUUGCAAACAAGACCCUUGGAGAAGCAGUUCGUUCAGUACUUCCUGUACCAGAUCCUGAGGGGCUUGAAGUACGUCCAUUCUGCGGGCGUCAUCCACAGAGAUUUGAAGCCGAGCAACAUCCUAAUCAAUGAGAAUUGUGAUUUGAAAAUUUGUGAUUUUGGUUUGGCAAGAAUUCAAGACCCUCAGAUGACGGGUUAUGUCUCCACAAGAUACUACAGGGCCCCUGAAAUCAUGUUAACGUGGCAAAAAUAUGACGUCGAGGUGGACAUUUGGUCUGCUGGCUGUAUCUUUGCUGAAAUGAUCGAGGGGAAGCCCUUGUUCCCAGGUAAGGAUCACGUUCACCAAUUCUCUAUCAUCACCGACCUAUUGGGUUCCCCACCAAAGGACGUGAUAAAUACCAUCUGCUCUGAAAACACUUUAAAAUUCGUCACUUCAUUACCACAUAGAGACCCCAUCUCAUUUUCGGAAAGAUUCAAGACAGUCGAACCUGAUGCCGUAGAUCUUUUGGAGAAAAUGUUGGUUUUCGACCCUAAGAAGAGAAUCACCGCAGCUGAUGCCUUGGCGCAUCCUUAUUUGGCUCCUUACCACGACCCCACCGACGAGCCAGUAGCAGACGCUAAGUUCGAUUGGCAUUUCAACGAUGCUGACUUGCCUGUCGACACUUGGCGUGUGAUGAUGUAUUCAGAAAUCCUAGACUUCCACAAGAUUGGAGGUAGUGAUGGACAGAUCGAUAUAUCCGCCACAUUUGAUGACCAAGUCGCCGCAGCCACCGCCGCGGCGGCGCAGGCUCAGGCACAGGUUCAGUUACACAUGUCUACACAUUCCCACAACGGUGCUGGUAGCACUGAUAAUAACCAAUCCGACAUUACUGGUGGCAAUAAAACUACCGAUCAUAUCGCCACGAAUGACACCAUUACGGAUUACGGCAACCAAGCUAUUCGGUACGCUAACGAGUUCCAGCAAUAA